CAGAGGCAUACCGGGUCUAGGAUAUGUGAUAUCUACCUACACCUAUAGAACUAUGACUGCUGAGUAAAGUUGAAAAAAGGAAUGCUUAAUAUUAUGUUGGAGUAGCCAUUUGAAGAGGCAGAGUGUAACAGUGUAGUUGAGUAUUCCCGCACUGUCAUUCUAGUGUCGCGUUAUUGUCUUUUGAAUUUCUACGAAUCCAGUCGAUAAAAAAUGUUGUCAUGAUAAGUCAGCAAAGUCUAACGUCACAUCCUUAUUAACUAAGCACUUUUAUUAGGUAUGUUCAUAACCGCUUCCCGGCUUAAAUAAGGCUGAAGAAGUGGCUGCCAAGACUCGGUUUAAUGUCCCUUUUGUCUCGGAGCUAAAUUUAUCAGCCUUCAAUUCACAACUUCCACAUCAUUUAUCUAGUCUUAUUAAGCCCUGUUCAAUCCAGGCCAUUCUAUCUACGGAUUUAUGAUAGAAAAUCCUAACACUAGAUACUUGACUCAUACGAUUUUGUCAAGCAUACCUUUUAUUUCUCUUAAUUUAUUUGAAUUCACCAAUCACAUUACCUCCCUUCUACCAUCCUCGUCCCAGCCGCAUCUAAGCCGUGCCAAGCCUGCGUACAACAAGCUUGGUGGAUUAGUCCAUCAUGGAAGAAACUGAGGACACUACCGCAGCUAUGGCACAGGCCAUGGGCUUUUCAAGCUUUGGGGCCCAGGCCAACUCCAACAAGCGACGCAAAUUCAACCCUCGUGCGGAUGCUGUGGUUGCGUCGACCUCUACUUCUAUUCCUCAUCACAUCAGUGAGGCAAAGUCGGGUUCCAAUGCGAUUCCCUUAGGAGUUAGAUCAAAGAAUGAAGACGAAAUUACCCUUGAGGAUGAUGAAGCAGCCAGCCUUACGGAUAGCAGAAAAUAUUUCCCUCGUAAUGAACCGGUUGAUGAUGAGCUAGGACCUCAGUAUUUGGACACUUCACGCCCGCCUGAUAUAGCCGCGGUCGAUCCAACGGGUGGUGCUAUGUCUGACACUAAAAUUGACGCUACGACCGGGGAUUAUACGGGACAUAUUGUAGGGGCUAAGUCAUCAGCAGCGAGCACCAGCUGGGGUUUUGUCAGUCAAGAUAGUGGUCGUGGCGGUUAUCAAGCCAGGGAGAGUCAGGGGCAUGAACCAGGGAAGAAAUGGUGGGAUGAUUACUACGACCCGAGUUCGAACAUCAAUCCUUGGGAACGACUUGAGCAUAUCAAAGGUUUAGGACCGAGGGGCAAUUGGAUGUCCUGGGAGGCAGCUAAGCGAUGAGUCGGUAUCGUCACCAUUGAUCAAGGGAAAUUUCAUUGAGCUUUGAUCUGGGCAAUUGGAUCAAGUAACCACAUUUAUUUAACCCAAAGAUAAGUCAAGAGGAAAUGGUGGAAUACGUUCUGAACAUGUCGCAAUCUUUAGGCGGCACUAUAUCACGUGAUAAUAAUCGACAUACGACAAGUUAUUCUACGUGGUGGAUUCAACCCUGGAUUUUACAUGACAGGUCAAAGAAUUA